AUGACAUUUCUUAACUAUGAAAUUCAAAUUCAAUUUCUAAAUUAAUUAUAUAAAUGCCUCCAAAUAUUUAUUAAUCUAAUUACUUUAUAUUAACAGCUACUUUCCUUUUGGUGUGUUUUUAGUAUUACCAACCAACAACUCUUUAUUUUUAUCUACAUACCUUCAUUUAACCAAAUCCUAAUGAGCAAGUCCUUUUAAUGUCAGAUUGAUUUGCAAUCCUUGAUAUCAAAUACUCCUAUACCCUAAUCAGUUUCAUUAGGAAUACCAACCUUACUUUAUAGUGCUUCAUCUUUUGAUAUGUUUACACACACAUGUCUAUUUGUUCUACAAUCAUAAUUUUACUUACUUGCUUACUUAUUUACUAAGUUAUAACAAUCACUAUAAUAUUUUAAUAUAUCUUUGAAUUCACCUAUUUUCAAUAAUAAAAUAGGAAAUGCCUUCGUAUUUUAUCCUUUAUCUAUACCCAUCCUCGCAAUUCCAACUUCAGUUCAAAACCACCUUUCUCUCAAAUUUUUUCUAAUAGAACUUAAGUUAUAACUAGGUCAUGGAAAAUUUGUUCUAUUAUUUGUUAUUUUACAACCUUAAUAGAUUUGCUUAAAACAUAAGAAGUUCACUUUAAUUUGUAGCUUAUUAAAAUUUUUAUAUGCUUGAUAAAGCACUAUAAUUUUCCUAAUUCAAGGAACCUCCAUCUUAGUUCCUUGAACUUUUAUAACAACCUCUAAAUGUAAUCAAAUCAAAGCCCAACUACUUUUAUAAAGAAUACGAAAAUUCACCCAACAAAUUCAAAAGAUUGAGAAUUUCAACUCAGCAUGAAGGCGCUGUCAAUAAUAUUGUUAUUGACUUAAAUAUUCCAAGUCCUAACUUUAGAGUUUAACAAAAAUUGGAUUACCAUGACAAUAACAUCACAAUCCAUUCUCAAAUCACUAGUUAAAAAACUACACCAAAAACUUCGAGAUCAAAUAGUCCGUUAAAGAAAGUUUAUUUGGGCUCUAGCCUAGUAGCUAAAAGAAAAUUAAAUGGCUAUGUAAAACGCAAAAAAUCACCUGACCCUUAUGAAAUAUGUCGAUAAAUGACAAAGAAAAUAUAAUAUAAGAAAACUGAAACUUUGACUAUUGCUUCUCAAACUCUCUUUCUUUUAGCAAAAUAUGGUACUUGA